AAACUCUUAAACCUUCCGAACUUACUAAAGUAUUUACGUACAUUAUUCAUCUCCUAUUUCUUUACAAAGCUUUUUUGAUAUCAAUGUGUACAGGAUACUUAGUUGUCAAUAAAAAAAACUAACAGAGAAGUAUUUAUUGCUUUAAUAAAACAUGGAAAUGGGGUUGUUAAUCGUUGAAAAUGAUACCUACACACUACGCUUUGAUUGCUUUACUCACUGCGAUAGAAGGCUAGAGAAGCGGGGUGAAUAUAUAAAUGACACUGAAAAUAUUUUCUGUCACUUUUCAUCAGACCUUGCUCAAAACGAGUUUAAAAUGAUCAAGGAAUUUCUUGAAAAUAUAGAAGAUCCAAAUAGACCUCUUUUUGGUCCAAACUACUGGCUUUUAAAUAAAAUUGGGCUGCUGCUUCCCAAAAACAGACUUGAUAGAAUUUUGAAAAUAAUCAUACACGAGAUUGCAACGUUUUUCGUACUCAGCGAGUACAUGGAACUCUAUGUAAUAAGAUCAGACCUAGAUCUCGUAUUGACGAAUCUGAAGAUUUCUAUGCUUGGCAUCGUUAUUGUAUUUAAGUCUAAUACAUUUGUAUUUUGGCAAGGAAAUUGGCGUCAAGUCAUUGAUUAUAUAACUGAAGCUGACAAGUUUGAAAGGGAUAAUCAGGAUGAAGCUAAAGGAAAUAUUAUCAACACUUACACCAGAUAUUGUCGACGUGUAACUUAUUUCUACUGGGUUUUGGUAUUUACUACCUUCAUUACUACUAUGGCUACACCAUUAAUGAAAUAUUAUUCAUCGGAAACAUUUCGGGAGGGAUUUCACAACGGAACUGAACCAUUUCCUCAUAUAUUCAGCUCAUGGAUGCCUUUUGAUAAAGAGAAUUCCCCAGGGUGCUGGAUCACUGUUAUGUGGCACACUGGGAUAUGUGCUUAUGGGGCGAUGAUAAUGGCUGCUUAUGACACUAGUGUCGUUGUGAUACUUGUGUAUUUUGGAGGAAAGUUAGAUCUGCUUCGUAUAAGAUGCAGAGAGAUGCUGGGCACAGAAGAGAAAGGGGUAAGCAAUGAAAAUGCAGACAAAGUGGUACAACAACUCCAUCAAAUUCAUGUUCUAUAUCUGAAGCAUUCCAGAUUGUUCAACUCAGUUUUGUCACCUGUGAUGUUUUGCUAUGUCGUCAUGUGCUCACUGAUGAUCUGUGCCAGUGCUUUUCAAUUAACCUCUGCAACAAAUACAACGCAAAAACUUUUGAUGGCAGAAUAUUUGGUAUUUGGCAUUGCUCAGCUGUUUAUGUUUUGUUGGCAUAGCAAUGAUGUUAUUCACAAGAGUCAAGCUGUAAUGAAUGGGCCGUUCGAAAGUGACUGGUGGGCAGCCAAUCUCCAACAGCGAAACAACGUUCUGAUUCUUCAGGGGCAGAUGGGAAUCGUACACAUCUACACCGCUGGACCUUUCACUGACCUCACACUGGCUACAUUUGUUGCUAUUUUGAAAGGAGCUUACAGUUAUUAUACCAUACUAAGGAAAUAAGAUCAAAUUUAUACAAGAGUAGAUCCCUCGCGCCAAUAUUUUAUAAUAUAAUACUAAGCAAAAAGCUAUUGUUUGGCCUAGGAUUGUCUCAUUUCAAACAUAAAAAGAAUCGUAAUGUUUUUGUCUAACGUUAGUACUAGCAUCCAAAAGAAAGGGAGAGUAUAGUUUUCUUAGUUCUUACUUACUGAUAAGUUGUGUUUUCCAGAAUAUAUUAAUAACUUUAUUUUGCCAAAACAUUAUUAUACUGUGGCGAAGGUUUGAUCUCCCAAAGAAAAUUUGAAUUUCGUGCCUUUGGUCCACUGACAAGUUCGGUGUGUUUGAGUAUAUUCAUUUUUACACUUGUUGUCAUGCGAAUUAUAUUUUUAUAGUCUGCCAAGACAUUUCUUUCAGUAGAAAAAAGCGGCAAAUUAAAAAAUAUAGGCGCGAAGGGUUAUCGUCCCUAUAAAAUUUGAAUUUCGCACCUUUUAUACUGAUAAAGUUGUUUAAGCAGCUAUAUUUGGACUAAAUGAACUCCUCCAAUUUAAUUAGAAUGAUACUAGCUUAUUGUAUUCUACUGUUUACGUUUGCAAUUAAUAAAGUCUGUUAUUUUUCAAGUUUUCGGGGCUACAUUUAGCGCUAUAGGUAAAUAAUAAAUAUUGUGUAAGUAAAGAUUUAGCAUCAAAUUGUGCUUUGAAACUUGUUUGAAAUAUAACUGCACAACCUGCUUGCAAAAUAAAAUCUGAACGCAAAAACCAUUCUUAUUCAUCUUUCGCAUUGUUUAUUAUUUCUUCUCAAAUCUUUAGUUGGCGUAUUAUAAGAAGACUUUAAGUUAUUAAUGACGUCUCUGUCGUGAUAUACUUCACACUAGAGUAAUGUAGUACAGUGUAAUACUAAUAUAACUCUAAUUAAAUAAAUGUAUUUAUAAUUCUA